GUUGUUGUUUACACAUUUUUAAUUCCGUUUUCUUCCCACAGAUGUCGCCCCGGCUGGCGAGGUCCGCUGUGCAACGAGUGCAUGGUCUACCCGGGCUGCCGGCACGGCUACUGCAACGGAAGUGCCUGGCAGUGCAUCUGUGAUACCAACUGGGGUGGAAUCCUCUGCGAUCAAGAUCUCAACUACUGCGGAACGCACGAGCCGUGCAUGCACGGCGGAACCUGCGAGAACACCGCCCCGGACCAGUACCGGUGCACGUGCGCCGAGGGUCUGUCGGGGACGCGCUGCGAAAUCGUGGAACAUCCGUGCGCGCCCCAGCCCUGCCGGAACGGCGGAACCUGCACGCUGACGCAGGCCGGCGCCGGGCGGAGUUCCGGGAGGGGCGGCGCGGGUGUGGGCGAUUCUUCGGAGUCUAGCACGACGCCGAUCAUCGUGCGCGGGAUGCGCGGCAUGAGCUCGAUGGGGAAGCCGUUUGGCCGGAGUGGGGGCGCUGGCGGUGGGGCAGGUGGGGGUGACAGCAGCAGGGAGGUCACCCCGAAGCAUCUCCUCUCGCCGCCGCAGCCCAUCAAAGACUUCAUCUGUACGUGUGCGCCCGGCUGGACCGGACCGACCUGCGAGAUAAACAUUGACGAGUGCGCGGAAGGUCCGUGCCAGAACGGGGGAACCUGCAUCGACAUGGUCGGCAGGUUUCGCUGCGAGUGCCCGCCCCAGUGGACCGGGGAGACCUGUCAGAUAGAUGUCGACGAGUGCGAAUCGAACGCCGCGUCCGGCGGCCUCGGGCCGUGCAUCAACGCCGAGUCGUGCCGCAACCUGCCCGGCUCGUUCCAGUGCGCCUGCCAGGAGGGCUGGGGCGGUCCGACGUGCGCCCAGAACCUGGACGACUGCGUGGGCCGCUGCAAGAACGGUGCCACCUGCAUCGACCUGGUCAACGACUACCACUGCUCGUGCGCGGGCGGCUACACCGGUCGUGACUGCAGCACCGACAUCAACGAGUGCGCCAACUUCCCGUGCCGUAACGGGGGCGAGUGUGUCGACCUGAUCGGGAACUUCAAGUGCAUCUGCCCGCUCGGCUUCUCCGGCACACUGUGUGAGGAGGCCAAAGACCACUGCACGUCGUCGCCGUGCAUCGAGGGCCGCUGCCUGAACACCCCGGGCGGCUACUACUGUCACUGUCCGCCGGGUCGGGCCGGCCGGCACUGCGAGUUCCUGCGGACGCCCUGCGAUUCGCCACCGUGCGCCAAUGAUGGCGGCUGCACAAUGCCGAUGACGAACGAAACGGUAACCAUGGUGACCCCGUGCAGUGGCCGUGGGAAGUGCGAAUCGAGCGGCGCGAUGGGCUCGAGCUGCGUCUGCCAGGCGGGCUUCACCGGGACGUUCUGUCAGCACAAUGUCAACGAGUGCAUUUCGAAUCCGUGCAAAAACAGUGGGAUUUGCAUUGACGGGGACGCGGAUUACUCUUGCGAGUGUACUCCCGGGUGGACGGGGCGGACCUGUUCCGAGCGGGCCGUCCAGUGCCAGCCGGGACAGUGUCUGAAUGGGGGAACCUGUAUCGUGUCGCCCAUUUCCGGCAUUUCGCAGUGCCGCUGCACGCUGGGCUGGGGUGGUCCGUUCUGUAACGAACCAGUUGACCAGUGCCAGGGUCAGCCGUGCCACAACGGAGGCACCUGCGAGAGUGGUCCCGGCUGGUUCCGGUGUCUUUGUGCACGUGGUUUCUCCGGACCAGACUGCCGGAUCAACGUGAACGAGUGUUCGCCACAGCCGUGCCUUGGAGGAGCGACCUGCAAGGACGGAAUCGGCGGAUUCACCUGCCUGUGUCCCGUGGGACGGCGAGGUGCCCGGUGCGAAAUCCUUCUCUCCGACCCGGCCUCCGUCUGCUCCAACACCACCACCAACUCGCCGUACGACCCGUUGGCACCGGAAGUGACGCCACCGCCGGCGCUCGACGAGGCCAACUGCAACUCGUGCGUGUGCGUCAACGGGAAGCCCCGCUGCUCGAACCUGUGGUGCGGCCUCAAGAACUGCAUGAAGGCGAACCACUCGAGCGGGGCCUGCGAGGGCCACCAGGUUUGCGUGCAGGCCACCCCGGAGAGUUGCCUCACGGGGCUGGGGACGUGCGCCCCUCGGGGCGACUGCCGGAUGUCGGAACCGCUGCGGAGGGUCGCCCCUCCGCAGAUUCCGGCCCCCAUCGACUGCUGGCCCAAUCAGGCCACCCUCGGGUCGCAGUGCGCCCGCGUCUCAAUUCUGCUGGAGCUGGUGCGGCUCCAGCGGGGCACGUCCGUGGACGGUAUGUGCCACAUCCUGCGGCUGCAGCUCGGCGAGCGGCUCGUCAAGAGUGCCACCUUCGACGUGGCCGUCUUCAUCGUGCUGCUGUGUGAUCUCAAAACCGGAACGAACGACACCAUCGAGGUGACCCUGUCUACGCCUCGCGAUUGCAGCGUAAGUUCGGCCAACUCCCUAACGGAAGCGGUCCGAUUGCUGGCGGAGAUUCUGUCCCGCCAGCAGGGCGUCCAGAGCGGAGACUCGUUCCAGGCGGACGGUCUUCUGGCGGAGGCCGCUCCGCUUAAGUCGAUCCUCGAGGUCAAGGUCGAGACGGCGCUGAUCAACGAGACCAGCAGCGGUUCCAACUAUCUGAUUGCGGUCGGAUUUGGAAUCGCGAUCGUGGCGCUUUGUCUAGGCGCCUUUGUUGCCCUCGUGUGGCGCCAGAAGCUCCAGAGUCACUCGGGCUCCGGCAUGAACCUGAGUCCGCACCUGGAUUUGUCGAGGGGGCACGAGGAGGAAAAGAGCAACAACCUCCAGAACGAGGAGAACUUCCGGCGGUACGCGAAUCCGCUCAAGGGAAGUGCCAGCUCGCUGCGCGGUGCCAUGGAACUGAGUCUGAAUCCGGCGCCGGAAAUCAACCAGAUCGCCGGUCCGAGCACGCUGCACCGGUCGCAGCAGCACCUCUAUCCGGGUGGCCCGGCCGGCGACGUCACCGAGUACGAGAAGGACCCGGACAAGGCGAAGGCCGCCAACCGGAACUCGCACAUCCUGCUGCACAAAACGCAAAACGCCGACAUCAUCACCAAAAACAUCGCCGCCGCGAUCGACGGUGCCGGCCACAAAGACUUUGGCAAGUGGAGCAUCAACGAGUGCACGGCGGCCACGCCUCCCGCUCCGGCUCCUCCUUCUGCCAGCACCGGAACUCCCGUCACGGGGACGGCGGCGACGGCGCCCAGCAGUACCCAGCUGGCGACGUCCCCGUCCAGUCCCGACUCCGACGUUCUCACUGUACAUGUGUAAGUCCCCCCACCCCUGCCCAAAACAAGCCCCGCAAAACUUUUAGCUUAAGCAUCGCUAACGCAACUUCUCAGCCCCGAGUUUUAUUCAGCUAGGAAUUGUUCGUUUCAUUUUAAAGUAUUUAUUUGCCCUCUCUUCCGUUCGAAUUUCUCACAACAAACAAAACAAAACGUAAACAAAGCGCCUUUUGUGUAAAUAUAGUGCAAAAACAAAGUAGGCGACGCGAAAAAAAAACCUUACAAAUGUUCAAGCGUACUUUUAUUGCCGUCCCCCGCGCGCCCGCCCGCCUGCUCUGAUUGGGUGGCCGACGACGUCGGCGGGACGGAAACUCGAUUUAACUCACAAGCGCGCGCGGUCGGUGUGCUGUCGUGCACAAGUGUACAGUUAAAUGUAAUGUGAUAUUAAGUAAGGAGCAGUAAUUUUUUUUAUAUUUUGCUUGUAUUAAGGCGACAAAGUGAUGCGGUGAAAAUUGCGCGGAAAAUUUAUUUAUGAACGUAGCGUGUUUUUUUUCUAGGGAAAUUAAAAUUCUUUACAUUUAAAGAAAGAACAAAAAAAACGAAGAGGACAAAGUGCGCGCGCCACGCCAUCUCUGUGAAUAAAAAUAAAACGAUAAUAGUUGACGGAAAAACGAUAAGUUAGGAAAACAGGAGGCCACAAAUUGACGCGUGCGAGAAAAAAAGACACUAAAUAAAUAGUUCCUUGUUUAGCUAUGUUCGAGAAAGAGUGAGAGAGAAAGAGUUGUGUAACUAUAGUUAAAGCAAAUAUUGUGUACAGAAAAAAAAGUUUUUUUAAUUGUUAACCUCCCCUCCACUAGUGAGAACGCGCCAACUUUUGUACAUUCCAAUUCGGUAACGAAAGCAUACUCAGAUUUAGUAUUUUAGCAGCGAGCAAGCAGAACGAAGCGAAAUGUAGAUAUCUCAGUUAACAAACAAAAAACAAAACGCACGGAUGAUUCGUUUGUCUGUGAUGAUGCAAUCUCCCCCCACUACUUUUAAAUAAACUGAUCGUGUAAGUGUCAAAAAUAGCUCGAAAACGAUAUUUUUCCAAUGUGUGUAAAUAUGUUCUGUAAAAAGUUGCAUUUUAUUAGGAGACUAGGCUAUUUUUAUUAUUUUUGUUAUAAGCAGCAGGCAGGCAAUUUUAGAGCAAAAAGUACACGACUAAAUCGAACCACUCAACACUCCCCAACUUCUUAGUACAUGGUACUUAAAAAACCGCGAGCUGUGUCGCAACUCCAGUAAAUAAAAUAAAGUAAAAAUCCCCGCGAAAGAAAAAAGAGA